GGAAGCGGUGGCGGGGCGGAGGCCGGCGGGAGAGGCCGGGCGCUAAGGCUCAGGAACAGACGGGCAGCCAGAGGGGUUCACGGGGCCGGGAAUCACGUAGCGCCGGCCGGUACAGGCGGGCUAUGGCCGAGCUCAAGUCGCUGUCAGGGGACGCAUACCUGGCGCUGAGCCACGGCUACGCGGCGGCCGCAGGCCUCGCCUACGGGGCGGUGAGGGGCCCCGAGGCGGCCCGCGGCUACGGCGCGCCAGGUCCGGGCGGCGACCUCCCCGCCGUGCCCGCGCCCCGCGCCCCCGCCGCAGCGGCUGAGAGCAGCGGUGAGCAGAGUGGCGACGAGGACGACGCCUUCGAGCAGCGGCGGCGGCGGCGCGGGCCAGGGGCCGCAGCGGACGUGCGGCGGCGGCCCAGGGAGCAGCGCUCGCUGCGACUCAGCAUCAACGCGCGCGAGCGGCGGCGCAUGCACGACCUGAACGACGCCCUGGACGGGCUCCGCGCGGUCAUCCCCUAUGCUCACAGCCCGUCGGUGCGAAAGCUCUCCAAGAUCGCCACGCUGCUGCUCGCCAAGAACUACAUCCUCAUGCAGGCCCAGGCCCUGGACGAGAUGCGGCGCCUGGUGGCCUACCUCAACCAAAGCCAGGGCCUGGCCGCGCCCGUGGCCGCCGCGCCCCUGACGCCCUUCGGCCAGGCCGCCGUGUAUCCCUUCUCGGCGAGCGCCACGCUGGGGCCCUGCCCCGACAAGUGCGCCGCCUUCUCGGGAUCGCCCUCGGCACUCUGCAAACACUGUAACGAGAAGCCGUGAAGAGGCCGCACCCCUUCCGCUCCGUCUUCCCAUUUACGUUGCCCCCCGACUCUCACCCUGCCAGUACUGGAGAUUCGUGGCUGUACCCCAAGUGGAGAAGGCUGCCGGAUCUCGCUCCCAGACCGUGUGCGCCGAGCAGUUUGGGGCCGUGGAAAGCGCGAAGCUGGUCCUGGCACGGAUAGACCUGGAGACCAGGCGCUGAAAUCCACGCCUGGGAAUCCUCAGCUCCUGCUGGGCACUCUCCCUGACCAUUGCCAGGGGCCAUCGAGUCUAGGGACGGGAGGUGGCGGAUGACUAACCGUGGUCCCCUUCGGCCACCGCCAGUACCUCCCAAAACAACGCGGAGGAGUCACAGGUCCGCAGCGGGGGUGGAUACUGGUCCCACCGAGGACAGGGUCUUGCCUGGCGCCGGCACAGAGCGCAGGCACCGAGCGUCGGAGGGGUUUGGCUGGUCGAUACCCCACAACCAGGCUCGACCACCACCUGGUUGGCCCUUCCAGCCACACUGCAGGGACGCGCUCCCUCUGGGCGCGUUCCCAAGAACGCGCGUCUCUCGGCACACCCGGCCAGCGCGGGUUCCAGGACUCCAGCCCUCCCCAUGAUUAGCGUCGUGCGCUCUGAGACUCCACCACCGCGGUUUGCAAAGGAGCUGCUGGCAGUGCGCAGCAGGACCCCGGGCGACUCUUCGGCCUUUUCCAAGUCUGAGUUUGUUCGAUUAUUUUCUUGCCUGCCUAGAGGCACAGGAAGCGAAGGCCUCUUGGAAGUCCGCGGAUUUGGAUUCGUCCCUAAACAGGCCUGGACCCCUCAGGCACCGCUUUCCGCCCCGUGGAAUGGAGACCUUGGUGCGCCCUUUACCUAGGACUGCGUGAUGGAGCCGGGUCCUCACAGCCUGCGCGGGUCAGUCAGCACAGGACCCGAAUCUAGCCCCAGGACCAACAAAGUCCCCUCCCUACCAACUCCCGCACGUUUCCAAGGGUGGAGGGAGGAGGCCUGGCUACAACGGUGCUGGGGUCAAACCCAGGGCCUCAAGUACACCAGGGCCGACCUGCUGAAGCCACCCAGCCCCAUCCUAACCCUCUUGAGUUUACAAUCCAGCAGCGCCAAGGACAUUCUCCAGGCUGUGCCACCAAGAUCCACCUCUGGGACUCGUGAGGUCAAGUCUACUGAUGUCCACUUCACACACACCCAAGUCCACCUUCUGGGACACAGUUCCAUGCACCUAGGCACAGAACACUAUAGAACAUCGCCCUCCUCCCCUGCCUGUGACCACUGAGCUGUCCCGUCUGCAGGUUUCAGCGGUGGCUUCCAUAGAGCCACAGUGAACGGAGGGGUUGGCGGCCUCCUUGCUCAGUGGGGAGCAGCCGGGGCUCCUGCCUCAUGCCUCACGCCCACGGGCCGGUGCUGCUGGCAUUGUUACCCAGCAGCUGCAGUGGCUGCUGCAGACAUGUGGCCCUGGGCCACCAGGGUUUCUGCAGCAGUAAUGGGCGUGAGCUUCUGUGACACCACAGACAUGUUGCAGAGUGAAGUGGCCAGUCUGCCUUCAUCUUGCUGGGAAGACCUGACCCAUCUGUGCUGAGGUUUCUGAGGAGGCUCUGCCUGGAACUCUGGACCCCAGAGCAGACACAGGGAGGCCCCAGUGUGAUCCCUGCAAGGUCCUCUGUCCCUGAGUGCCACGUUCCUGCAGCUGCUUCUGGACUGAGGCAGCAGUGACGUACCUGGCGGGUGGAGACUAGGCAGGAGGAGGGACUUGGCUUGCUCAGCCUGCGGUGGGGCCCAGCUCGCCACCCUGGCCAGGAGGCCUGAGCCUGCAUGCUAAGCAGAAGCCACAAGGGUACCCUAGGAGGAGGUGGGGACGUCAGGGCAGUGAGCUCAGGGCUGCCCAGUGCUUGGCAAUGGGCACUAAAGACCCCCAGAAACCACAGAAUAAAAAGCAGUCAUGGAAAAUCUCCUGAAGGGAUAGGAAAUGCAUGUUCAGUUGAGAAAGGAAGGAAAUGAGUAGGUGCUCCAAAAUCAUAGCCCAGGAAAUGCAGGGGCACCAGAGAGGCACCCCCAAGCCACAGGCUACCUCCGUGAGGUGGGAAGAUGGGGACUUUUCCCUACUCGGAAUGUUUUUGUUGUUGCCAGGGAUUGAAACCAGGGGCACUUGACCA